UGAUCUGCACCAGUCAGUCAAUAAACAGGUUUAUAUCAGUAGACAAACUCACCGAUUUGUAUCUAUUUCUAAACAGAACCAUGUCCACGGACAUGCGAGGCAUUAUAUUAUCUGGAGUUGAAUUGGCCAAAGAAAUUCGAGAAGGCCUAAUCAAAGAUGUGAGCGUCUUAAAAGAGCAAUUACCUGAUUUUGCACCGGGCCUGGCUAUCGUCCAGGUAGGCGCGAGAGAAGAUUCGAACGUCUACAUAAAGAUGAAAAUCAAUGCGGCCCGCGAAAUAGGUAUCAAUGUUCGUCGUUGUCAGCUUCCUAACACCACAACGGAAAUAGAACUCAUCAACAAAGUUACAAAACUGAAUAAUGAUCCAAAUAUUCACGGAAUUAUUGUGCAAAUGCCACUUGACAGCGUCAAUAAAAUCAAUUCUCAUCUAAUCACCGAUUUAGUAUCCCCAAAUAAAGAUGUUGAUGGAUUAAAUACUAUUAAUGAAGGCCGAGUUGCGAUCGGUGACAUGUCUGGAUUUUUGCCAUGCACUCCAAACGGCUGUAUCGAGUUAAUCAAAAGGAGCGGCGUACCUAUUGCCGGUGCUAAAGCCAUUGUUUUAGGAAGGAGUAAAAUUGUUGGUACUCCUGUUGCUGAACUAUUAAAAUGGCAUAAUGCCACUGUAACGGUCUGCCACUCGAAAACGAAGAAUCUCUCUGAUGUCGUGCGUGAAGCUGAUAUUUUAGUAGUAGGUAUAGGACAACCCGAAUUAGUUAAGGGUGAUUGGAUUAAGCCGGGUGCCGUUGUCAUCGAUUGUGGCAUCAAUCCCAUUCCAGAUCCUACAAAGAAAAGCGGGCAACGUUUGGUAGGCGACGUAGCAUAUCAGGAAGCUAUUAAAGUAGCUUCGUACAUUACACCAGUACCAGGCGGUGUUGGACCAAUGACAGUCGCUAUGUUAAUGAAAAAUACCGUGAUAUCUGCGCAAAGAUCGGCGGAAAAGCUCCUCAACAGUCAAUGGAAAUUGCGGAUUCUUAAACUGAAUCCUGUGAAACCCGUACCAAGCGACAUUGAUAUCUCCAGGAGUCAAGAGCCAAAAUCGAUCGUUGCACUAGCUGAAGAAAUUGGAUUACUAUCGAACGAGUUUAGCCCUUACGGCAGCAAAAAAGCUAAAAUCAGUCUCAGUGUAUUGGAUCGACUAAGAAAUCAAAAAAAUGGAAAAUAUGUUGUGGUAACGGGCAUCACGCCAACGCCAUUUGGUGAAGGAAAAAGCACGACUUCCGUCGGAUUGGUGCAAGCACUGACGGCGCACAGAGGCCAAAAUUCUUUCGUUACUCUUAGACAACCUAGUCAAGGACCUACAUUCGGUGUUAAAGGAGGAGCUGCUGGAGGAGGAUAUUCACAGGUAAUACCUAUGGAGGAAUUCAAUCUUCACCUAACCGGGGAUAUUCAUGCUGUUUCUGCCGCAAAUAAUCUUAUGGCAGCGCAAAUUGAUGCACGAUACUUCCACGAGUCCACUCAGAGUGAUAAAGUCCUAUAUGAUCGGUUGGUACCAACUAUUAAGGGUGUCAGGAAGUUCUCAAAAAUCCAGCUGAGACGAUUGGAAAAACUUGGCAUCACAAAAACUGAUCCAAAUUCAUUAACGGAAGAAGAAAAACGUCGAUUUGCAAGACUUGACAUCGAUCCAGAUAACAUCAUAUGGACGCGAGUGGUGGAUAUUAACGAUCGAUUUUUACGGAAGAUUACCAUUGGUCAGAGCCCAACCGAGAAAGGCAAGACAAGAGAAACCUCAUUCUGUAUUUCUGUUGGAUCUGAAAUAAUGGCAAUCCUUGCAUUAUCAACCAGUGCCGAAGAUAUGAAGGAGCGGCUUGGUAAUAUCGUAAUUGGAUUUAACAAAAGCGGCGAGUCUUUAACUGCUGAAGAUUUUGGUAUGACAGGAGCAAUGGCGAUUCUGCUAAAAGAUGCUAUAGAACCGACACUUAUGCAAUCAUUGGAAGGUACACCAGUAAUAGUACACGCUGGACCAUUCGCCAAUAUAGCCCACGGUUGUUCAUCCAUUAUUGGCGACGCUAUUGCUCUAAAAUUAGUCGGACCGAAAGGCAUUGUAGUAACAGAAGCCGGAUUUGGAUCAGAUAUUGGCAUGGAAAAGUUCUUUGACAUCAAAUGUCGUACUACCGGAUACGUACCGAAUGCUAUCGUACUUGUGGCGACUAUUAGAGCAUUAAAGAUGCACGGUGGUGGGCCACCGGUAACGACCGGAGCACCGUUAAAAAAAGAGUAUAUCGAAGAAAAUGUUGAACUUGUUAGAAAAGGCUUACCAAAUCUGCAAAAACACAUCAGCAAUGGUUUGAAAUAUGGCGUGCCCGUAGUUGUUGCCAUCAACUCUCACAGUACCGAUACUCAAGCGGAGUUAGAGCUCGUUAGGCAAGCAGCCUUGGAAAGCGGUGCAACUGAUGCAGUAAUAUGCACUCAUUGGGCCGAAGGUGGGGCUGGUGCUACAGCUCUUGCGGAUGCAGUAAUAGCAGCUACCGAAAAAAAUAGUAAUUUUAAACUGUUAUACGAUCUCGAGGAUAGCAUCGAGGAAAAAAUUAAUAAGAUCGCCAAAGAGAUUUAUGGUGCUGGCCAAGUCGUUCUCGCAGAAAAGGUGCAGAAAAAAAUCGAACAGUAUAACAAGUUAGGAUAUAACAAAUUCCCGAUAUGUAUGGCAAAAACAUCGAAUUCGUUAACUGGAGAUCCAGCUAUCAAAGGUGCGCCAACCGGUUUCACCCUCGAUAUUACAGAUAUAUUUGUUUCAACCGGCGCCAAAUUUAUUGUUCCUAUGGUGGGAGAGAUUAUGAUGAUGCCAGGACUUUCGACUAGACCAAGUAUUUACGAUAUGGAUUGGAAUACCGAAAUAGAUGAAAUAGAAGGCCUGUUUUAAAUUUAAUAUCUAUUUAUAACUAAAUUAAAUGUUUAUUUUUCAACAAACAUUUUCAUAAUGUGAUGCUAAUAAUUCCUCAGAAAGUUUAUAGUAUAUCAAUACAUAAUCGUUA